AUGGAUUCUGCGACAUGGCUCUCCUUCAUGCAAUCACUGGAGACGAUCUUCGCCGACAUCAUUGCCGAUAACACCAAGAAACACGAGUUACCGUCUCUACUACAGCCCCAGAUUUUGACUUGGGUAUCACAACUAAUAAAGUUCGGGCCCACCUUAACGAAGCUCGAAGAAGUAUCCGACAAUAUGCGCGAGGUCAUUGAGUAUUUAUCUGAACUACUGGACGCGCCAUAUGAGGCUAUAGAAGCUUGCAACGAGAUUUGGGAUGCGAGAUGUGGAUUUCUGGACAUACCUGGUCUUCCUACUCACGAGCAAGCUGGUCUUUCCCGGAUCGUCUCGAGAGAUGUUGUCUACUACGACGGCGCGUCCAAACAGUACAAGAUCAUGACGCAACCAGACUCAUUGACGCCAAAGAAGAGGAAACCCCUUCAAACAAUUGCCAAGCGAAGAUACGACAUCCCACUAGCUGUGGCUGAGGUCAUGGUUGCUGGUUGGAUCCAAGACGACGACGUAGCACUAGAGACGAAAACGGUUAUCGAACGCCUCGCUCAGCUACUCGACUUAAAAGUAUACAAGCAAAAUAUCCCUAAGAGCGAGCUCUCCAAAGCAACAGAAUUCUGGGAUGGCAUUGAAGCAGAGAUCAUGCAAGAAGCCGAACGCCUCGAAGGGCUAAAGCGAACACUGAAAGCGAAAGACCCCUUGCAGACAGCCUUGCUGAUCGAGGAGUACAAUAUACCCGAUAGCAAUCUGCUGGAGGAUGAAAUACAAGAACUGCCUCCCGGCAUCAUCGAUCUAGUUGAACUACUCGAUGAUGACGAGAUUGAGAUGAGCUUCACACUCGCUUCCUACACUGAACUACAACGAAGCGCAAUGGGCGUACCGAGCACAGCGAACAACCUUCUCUUACGGCUAACCAUCGAUCGGUACGCCCUCCCCCUCGACGUCCGCAUCCCCGAAAUCCGCACCGACAUCUUCGCCGUCGAUAUGCUUCUCAGUUCCGUUUACAGCGCCGCCAUGGCCAACAAAGCCGAGCUCCUCCCCAAUUGUCCCAUCCACCCCAUCAGCACCGUCAAAACCAUCCUUGAUAGUCUCCCCAAACUGUCUGUCAUCCGCGACGCAGUCCAAAUCUCCACCGUCCUAUCCAGAUACCACUCCGACGCUGAGAAGCUCAUCUCAUGGGCAUUUUGUCCUGGCGAAUGCGAGUCCGGCGCUGGAAACGGCGUAUAUGGCAAAGUUUCCGAGGCCUUCUACGCAGACUACAGUACUAUUCCACGGUACAUCACUAGACCGCCUCCCAGCAAUCCUCGCUAA